AUGUCUCCAGUCCAAGUCCCCCGUCCGUACGCCGAGGCCGAGGCCGACGCCCGCGCCGCGCGCGACGCGACCAUCCCCGCGGCGUACGCGCUCCCGAAGUCGAGCUACCCCCUCCCCAAGAACGUGACUGGCGUGCUCGCUAGCUGCGGGGUGUUGUCCCCCGCCGAGCUCGCCAUCGUCGAGCUCGACGCAACUGCCCUUGCUGGCCACAUCGCCGCGCGCAAGUACACCGCUGUCGAGGUCACCACCGCGUACGUCAAGGCCGCGGCUGUCGCACAGCAGGUGACCAACUGCGUCGUCGAGCUCUUCGAGGACGAGGCGCUCGAGCGGGCGGCGUGGCUCGACGCCGAACUCGCGCGUACCGGGCGCCCUGUUGGCGAGCUGCACGGCGUGCCGGUUAGCAUCAAGGACCAUAUCUGCGUCAAGGGCCACGACACGCCCAGCGGCUUCAUUGGCUUGGUCGGGAAAAUGGUCGCGGAGGAGGACGCGCACCUCGUCAAGAUCCUACGUGAUGCCGGGGCCGUCUUCUUCAGCCUGAUGGCCAUCGAGACAGACUCGUACCUCGGCGUGACGACCUCGCCCUGGAACACAGACACGACGUGCGGCGGCUCGUCGGGCGGCGAAGGCGCCAUUCUGGCAUGCAAGGCGAGCGCGCUGGGCGUCGGGUCCGACAUUGGCGGGAGUGUGCGUGCGCCGGCCGCCUCGACUGGCAUUUACUCCUUCAAGCCGGGCGUGCACCGCCUCCCGCACGUGGGCAUGGUCAUCCCGAUCGGCCCGCAAGGCUACGACGGUAUCCACGGCACGCAGGGCCCGAUGGCGCGCAGCAUGCGCGACCUCGAGCUGUAUAUGCGGCUUAUGGCCGCGGCUGAGCCGUGGCUCGCCGAGCCGAGCGUCGACUACAGGCCGUGGCGGGAGGUAGUCGCGCCGAAGAGGCUGCGUAUCGGCGUGCUUGAAGACGACGGGGUCAUCCGGCCCGUCGCGCCGGUGCGCCGCGCCCUCCUGCACGCUGUCGAGCGGCUCAAGGCUGCCGGCCACGAGAUUGUGCCGUAUACCCAGUACGAGUACGCCGAGCACUGGGACAUUGUGCGUAAGCUCUACUUCAUCGACAAUGGGGACAGCGUGCACGCUCAGCUCGCGAGAGGCAACGAGCCUAUCAAGCCGCUCACGAAGUGGGCCAUGCGAGCGCUGGCCGGCCGGCGCGAUACCUUCCGUUACAAGCUCGCGCAGUACUGGCGCGCGCAGGGCAUCGACGUGCUGCUCUCGCCGGCAAUGCCAGGCCCCGCCUCGCUCCACGGUAACGGGAAGGACUGGGGCUACACAUGUUACUGGAACCUGGCCGACUACCCCGCCGGCGUGUUCCCCACCGGGCUGCACGUCGACCCCACGCUGGACGCGGAGGGGGGCUACACCCCGCGUAACGACGACGAGGCGCACGUAUAUAACACGUAUGAUGCCGCUAAGCAGCGCGACGCGCCGAUCGCCCUCCAGGUUGUCGGGUAUGCUGGGCAUGAGGAGGAGACGCUUGCGGCCAUGAAGGCCAUCGCGGAGGUCGUGCAGGUGUAG